GGCUAACUCAAGUGAUAUAGCCACACCGGAAAUGGUAUCUUGGUUGUCCUCUGCUUCUGCCUACAGUGCAAUUCCUUGGGCAGUUAUUUGGCCUAUGGUAGCAUAUCGUUAUGGACGAAAAAUUCCUUUGAUUUUAGUAAGUGUUAAUGUAUUAAUCGGGAAUAUAAUAUUUUACUGUAGUACAAGUAUUACAGAACUUAUUUUCAGUCAAGCUACGCUCGGAAUGUUAGUAGGAUCAACACUCCCAAUCACCGUUAUGGUUAUGUCCGAGUACACAUCGCCGCAAUACAGAGGUAUUUUCUUGACAUUCAAAGGAGCUACAUUUUAUUGGGGCAUAUGGGUCUCUAAUGUUAUGGGAACAUUCUUCCAUUGGAGAAACAUUAGUUUUCUUGUUUUUAUUUGUGGUAUUUAUAAUUUAAUAUCGUGUAUAUUCUACUACGAAUCACCUUAUUGGUUGGCAACAAAUGGACAUUUUGACGAAAGUGCAAAAGUUCACCGAUGGCUGAAGGGUACAGAUGAAAAUUCAGAGGAAGAACUUAGAAAGCUUAUUUUAUCACAAAAGGAGCAUUUAAAUACUAAAACACGAUUCAAUGAGCAGGUAAAAUAUAGCAGAAGUAUUAAGAUCUUAAACAUAAUAAGAUAUGAGGGUUUUUAUAAGCCUCUUGCAUAUGCAUGCUUGCCAAUGUUUCUGUCGAAUUUGUCAGGCAAAGUAGCUUGCGCAGUGUACGCUAUAGAUAUACUUAAAAAAAUCACAUCGAGUGAACGAAUGGCGUACCAAGGAAUGCUUAUAUUGGAUGCAGUGACUGUGGCAGGCAUGUACUUGGGAUGUGCAUUAUCUAAAACCGUAACACGUCGGAAACAAUUAGUGAGUUUUUCCUUAACAGGAGUAGUUUUCCUUUAUAUCUUGUCAGUUUAUUUAUACAUGAUUAAAUAUAAUGUAAUAUGUGAGAAUAACAUUAUUACUUUAUUCCUUUUAAUGGGGUAUACAAUUAGUAUUAGCUGUGGACCGAUGAUACUUGCAACCUCUUGUUCUGCAGAGUUGUCACCUUUACGAUACAGGAGUUAUUUUGUUUGUUGUUUCGGAAUUUUAUGUACUAUAGUAUUUGCAACUACUCUUAAAAUUUCACCGCUUGUAUUUCGACUUUGUGGCACGCACGGAGCGUUUUUAUUCUACGCUGUAUCAACGAGCGUUUUCAUUUGCCUCAUAUACAAAUAUUUGCCCGAAACAAAGGAUAGAACUAUUCAAGAAAUACAAGAACUUAUAACAGGUGUUCCACAAUACACUUCAGUUAAAAUAGAACUCGUUUCACUGAAGAAACAUGAAAAUCUAUAA